AUGCAGCGUGGGUGGAUUGCGUCGUACUUUUGUGAUCUUCGAGCAGUCGAUCCCAGCACACCCCCCCUGGAUUUCCUGUUCUCCAGAGGACGCUGCGCUCCCGGCUUCUACGAGUACCAUUCCAGUUGCGUGGCCCUGAUCCCGGCUGCUGGGCUUCUUCGACUGCCCUCGCCACAGCACGAUGACGUGACUAACAUCUGCCUGCAGUCCACUGGGACUAAUUGCAGUGAUCCGCUUGGCACCAGUGAAUGCCCCAUCCUUGAUGCACCCGACUUUUUGGAGUCAACCACCUUGCUGAAUUUCUCUGUACGCAGUAUCCUGUCUCAGACGACCAAUCCGACACUCUGCGUUUCACUGAACGUCAACUCUGAACUCCUGCAGGCCAUUCCAUGCGAUCAGUCGCUUCGAGCCCUCUGUGGCUACUUCCUUGGUACGUCGAUUGAUGACUUCUGCUCCUGUCUCCUCGCUCAGUAA